GGCGAGGCAAAGGCAACUGCAACUGCAACUAUACUACUACUACGUACUUGCAGUGUUCGUAGAUUACUGAGUUGAGGUCCCAUCGCGCCUGCCCACUUCCCGGGCGGGCAGUGAGUGGUCCAAGACUCUGAAGUGGUGGCCCCCACCCCGAAGGAGUGCUUGCAGCUCUUUCCGCCUUUGCAGGUCGCUAGCGUCCAGAGCGGGCUGCACUUGUGGUCUCUGUCCCAAAGCGGCCUGGGGAACCUGGGGAGCCUGGAGCUGAACCGCUGCUCAUGGUCGGAGAUGUGGUAGAGCGGACGUACCAAAGGUACCAGGUAGACGCGCCUGCCUGCCCGGGCUGUAUCUACCUCAACUGGAAGGUACCACUGAAAAAGCGGGGUUAGGUGCAUUAUCCGAUGGAGAGACACCUGUAUUCUGGCAACAAACUCCCGCUGUUCCAGUUGCUUCGAGGCGUCUUCCGCUGUGUUUGUCGAGCACGGAAACAUGGGCGACCCUCGGUCUCAGGUCGAGGUGUAACUCGCGUUGAAAGAUGUCCUCCAGCAGGUCUUAUUACUAAUUCCCUAUUCCGUACCACCUCAGGUGAGCGACGGGCGUCUGAUGGUACGCCGGAGAUGACGACAAGGGGGUCGGCGUUCCAAAACUCGCAACCCGCGGCGCUCGUGCGUCCUGCAAGCGGCCUUACAUAUUUUGCUCGCAGAUUGGCAGCGAGACUGCAAGAGAGAGAGAGAGAGAGAAAAUAUUCCGCAAGGCGAGGCCGCAGCAUCCAUGUGGAGUGUCGACCCCAGCUUCCAAUUGAAAAUCCCAGCCUAAAGCGAUACCGGUAUGGAGUCCCAUUCGUAUGGCGAGCAUGCAGCGACAGCCAUCGCGGGCGUGGCCGUCGAGUGUGGAGGGGAUCCGGAGGAUGUAGGGAUGGCGUGCGAGGGCAGAAGCUUUGCAGCUUUGCAGCUUCACACCCUUUUGCGGGGGAGCUCGGCAUGCUCAUGCUGGCGAGAGCGCUAUGGGCGCGCCAUAGCUCCCUCGAUGCUCCUCUAUCACACUCACCUCACUUAUUGCUCUUGGCAUCAUGUCUGUCCAAGGCAGACGCGGCAAGCGAGGCAGCGUGGCCCUUUUGCGAGUGGUGAACCAGCGAGAGCGUGCGGGGGAAGCGUGUGGCCAGACCUCAUUAGACGUUAUCGAGAGGUUGGUCGCCGAGGUCCAAGACAAGUCGCCCGCUCCUGC